GCAUUAUCACAGGACCUCCGAACGUGGAUAUAAAACCGACCAAGUUUAAUCCGCCAUGGCCACUUUCAAAAUCGCAGGGUGUACUGUAUUAGAUGCAAGCCAAAUAAGCUAUAUAAAUGGCCUAGCAUGCUGGUAGCAAUACAUGUGGAGAAUUAUUCGACCUCAAGACAAAGAAAAAGAGUUCAUACUCGAGUGUCUCGCAAAGAGACUUCCAAUGCGACUACUGGGCGACAGAGAUCGAACACGCCAUGUCAAAGCUGUUGACUUUGCAACUGGGCAAGUAGUUGGCUAUAUCAGAUGGACAUUCCCUAAAGGAUUUCUUGAUAAUCAGCCAGACGAGUUAAAAUGGUUAUCAGCUCAAGUUCCGAAUGUUACUAAACAAGAAUUAGAAGCAUUCGAAGCUAUAGAAAAUGCGACCUGGUGGGAAAUACGAGACGAUUUAGCUCCACUGGAAGAUAUCAUCCACACUGAGAGAGAACGUCUUAUUGAGUCAAACGUCUAUGCUGAUCUUGACUUGAUGGCUGUCCAUCCCGACUUUCAACGAAAGGGGAUUGCGACUGCACUUAUACAGGACGGAAUAGAGCACAUUAAAAAGCUAAACCUCUCAGUAUUUGUACAGGCUUGGUCAGGAGGGCGAGAGGUAUAUGCGAAGGCUGGGUUUCAAGAAAUUGGCCGAUGUAUUCAGGAUGACACGGCGUAUGGUGGUGAAGGUCCAUAUCACACCUAUUUUAUGACGUAUAAUUAACUAAGACAAGCUAAAUAGAAUUGAGUUGGAG